CAGCCUAAAGAGCGGUGUAUCUUUAGACGAGCGUUUCCUAUGAUGAAGGCAAUACGCAAGAAGCAGCGCCUGCGGAACUCGGCCAGCAUGGCCAUCCCGGAGUUCAUCGUGGGCGGUGAGUACGAGCAUGCCGACACAGAACGCGAGGGGCCUCUGAUUCCCCGCCCGGCGGUGGAUGUCCGAUCCCUUGCGAGCCAGUUCAGUCGCCAAAGCGUCGGGCCGCUGAAGUUUCUGGAGUCGGACAUCUUCCAAUUCUGUGUAGGCGGCGUCAUUGUGUGGAACAUCCUUGUGGUUUUUCAGCAGUUCAUGCACGGCAACACCGAGUUCUUGGAAAACUCCCAGCUGAUCAUCCUGCUGCUCUAUGUACUGGAGAUCAUUCUCAGAAUAUGGCACUUCGGCCGCAAGUUCUUCUGCAACACAUUGGUCGAGGCAAUGUGGAACUAUGCGGACUUGCUGAUCAUCGGCUUGGGAGUUUUCGAUGAGGUCCUAUCCCGGAUGAAACAGGAGGACGUACCUGGCUUCAGGGUCCUGCGCGCCUUGAGACUGCUGCGGAUCCUACGCACUGUAGCCGUGGUGUCUGUGGACGCCUUUGCCUGGGUGGAGGCCGGCUGGUUUCAGGCGCUGGGUGCCGCCAUCAUUGGGCUGAACGCCAUCGUGAUGGGCCUGGAGAUCGAAAUCAAAAGCUCUAUUUGGUGGUGGCUGGAGCAGGCCUUCCUCCUGUUCUUCUUCGUGGAGCUCAUCGCUAAGCUGCGGCAUGAGGGCUUGACAAAGUUCUUCUGGACCUCUGCCGAGGACUUUGCGUUGCUCUGGAACUACCUGGAUAGCUUUAUCGUCUUUGCGGGCGUGGCAGACCAGUGGGUGCUGGCGGUCUUGCAGAUCAAGCACGGCUCGGGGCACCUGCCACACCUUCUCACGCUUUUGCGGCUUCUGCGGCUCAUGCGCCUCCUCCGGCUGCUGCGCUUGGUCAAGGUGGUUCGGCCCGUCUACCAACUUGCCAUGGGCAUCGUCAAGGCCUUGCAGAGCAUGUUCUGGGUGCUUGUGCUGACGCUCUUGGCUCUCUAUGCCUGCGCUUUGGUGAUGACAAACCUCAUAGGCAAUGCGAUGCUGAGCGGAGCUGAGGAAUUGGAUCCCCAUGUCCGGGGUCUCUUCAGCAAUGUGUUGGACUCGCUUUUCACGCUGUUUGGCCUGAUGAACAGCCAGUAUUGGGAGGAGGUGGACCCGCUGUUCCGAACCUUUCCUUUCCUCAAGCCUGUCUGGGUCUUGUUCACCGUGCUGUCCUCCUGGGCACUCCUCAGCAUCAUGACAGGAGUGGUUAGUGACAACAUGCUGGAGGUCCGGCAGCUCCAAGAGCGGAAGGACGAGGAGAAGGCGGAGCGCGUGCGCCUCAAAGUGACCCAAGCGCUCAGCGAAGUCUUCUUCGCUGCCAGCAAAGAUGGUGUCAUGGAGAAGCAGGAUUAUGUGGAGAUCAUGUCCUCGCCGUACUACCUCCGAAAGCUGCAGAGCGUGGCCAACAUGCCGAUACCUGACUUGCUUCGGAUGUUCGAUUGGCUCGACGUCAAUCAGCAGGGCAGCAUCCUACAAGAGGACUUCAUGGCUGGCUUCGACUGGCUGAAUGAAGCAGUCACUGGCAAAAGCCUUUUGAAGCUUCAAACAUCGGCAAGGCAUCGCUGCCGGAAGAUUGAGACGCGUGCUGCCGCCCUAAGAGCAGAGAUUGAUUCGACGGAUGGCAUGAUCGCCCGGAGAUAUCAGGAGAUGGACUCCGUGCUCUCCGAUCUCCUUCAGCGAAUUGAGGCUGAGACGGAUCGGCAGGGACAGCAGCGUGUACGGACAGAGAUGCAAGCCAUGGAGAACCGAGUUCAGAUCGAGCACUAUCGGUCGCAGGUGCCUGCCUUAAGCAACACCGGCUCGAAGGUGACCAUGACAGAAUCGCGGGUCGAGAAGCCCAAAGGCACUUCGGAGGAGUCUCCCAAGAGGAGUGGCCUGGUUUCUUCUAUUGCUGCGGCCGCUUCCAAGCUGGCGUCUCCGUCGAGCUGGCGCUCCAGCAAGUGAUGGCCUGGAACCGCCAAGUGGCUUGUCCCUUGCCAAGCGACACUUCAGUGGCCUUUGGAGACAACCAAUGUCGUUCCCAAGGGAAGCGCGACCAUGAUUCGCACAAGAAGGUUUGUGACGCAUGACGCAUGUCUUCUCACCGCUGCAGCGUGGCGAGGCAGAGAAACAUUGUCUCGCGAUCUGAAGCGAAACGGCUUUGGUUGCGUGCGCUAAUGUGCUUCAGGCCCAGUUAGGUGGUU